AUGCGAUUCGGCAACUCUCUUCGUUUCGCCGCGCUCUCGGCGCUCUUGCUCUCCAGCUCACGUUUCGUCCAAGGCCUCCCUCCACCCAACCCCGAAGAACUCCAAGCCUUCUGGCAUUCAACGAGCGGACAGGUCCGUCCCGAGGAUGUCGACACCAUGGCCCUGGAGCUCCCCAACUUCCGCUCCGCACCCGACCUCACCUACGCUACGCAGCGCGGAAGUAUCCACUCCGUCGGCGAGUCUAGCAGCGACGCCGACUCGCAUCUCGCACAUAACGGUGCGACGGCGGCGCGGCCGACGCUUGACGUCGUCGAACACCAAGUGAUUUUGGCCAAGUCCACAGCCGACUACGUCUGGACUCUGUCGAGGGCCUACCGACACAUCAUGUACGGCAGGAAGAUCUCGUACGCCGCGGAGCCGCUGCGGGAGGCGGUGCUCGACUACAUCAAAGCCAGGAUGCGCCGCGACUUCCGCUUCUACCACCCCGCCAGCGACCUCUCGGCCAUCGACCGCGUCAUGUUCCUCCGUCCAGAGGACCGCCCCGCGCCCGAUUCGCUGUACUCUUUCCGGCUCAAGACGAGCUUUCAGCCCGCGGUCAAGAGACGCGAGCCCGCGCCGGCGUUGCAGUGGAGGAACUGGGCAAGGGCAGACGAGCGCACCUUUACCCUGGGCUCGUUUCGGUUCAAGGUUGCCAAGGCCUCGGUGGCGCAUGAUCCGGACGGCUACACGCUGCUGACUGUCAUCGCCUGGCCCGAGAGGGAGGAGACGUUCUACGACCGGAUCUGGGUUGGGGAGCUCGUCGUGCCUCAGAGGCUGCUGCAGCCCGCCGACUUUCAGACAGGCGCCGCGUAA